AGUCGGGGAAGCAGAGCCCGGCGAUGAGACAGCUGGGCCUGGGGUUGCAGCACAGUGAUUAAAAAGAGAAGAGGAGGAGGGGCCACCUUGAUCCAGUGGAAACAUCUCCAGGAGGCACCUCUGGAUGCCACGUGGAGGCUGCCCUUCCGCCCAGCACGGAGCCUCUGACUGCCUAGCACGUCAACAUGGCUUUACUCAGCAACAUCCUAGCGGCCUAUUCCUUUGUAUCAGGAAGAUGUCUGACUUCCUCCCCAAGAUCAUUGCUUGAGAACAGAUGCUUGUCACAUAAGAGAAGCCAUUUAAAAAAUACCUCUGAAUUAAGCUGAAAUUUAAGAAAAAUAUAUGAAAAUGCUUACUGGUUGGAAUGACCAAACUGAUUUUAUACUGCUUGAGUCCUGUCAAAUUGACUGUGCCCUGUGACUCAAAACCAGAAAACCCUGAGCGAGCAGCUCUGUACUUCGUCUCCGGCGUGUGCAUCGGGCUGGUCCUCACCUUGGCUGCCCUGGUGAUGAGGAUCUCUUGCCACACGGACUGCCAGCAGCGUCCCCGGAAGAAGUUCCUGCAGGACCAAGAGAGCAGCAGCGACAGCAGCGACAGCGAGGAUGGCAGCUCAGACACGGCGUCUGACAUCUCCGUCCGGAGACACCGCCGCUUUGAGAAGACUUUGAACAAGAACGUCUUCACGUCAGCGGAGGAGCUGGAGCGCGCGCAGCGGCUGGAGGAGCGGGAGCGCAUCCUCCGGGAGAUCUGGCUGAACGGCCAGCCCGAGGUGCCCGGGACCAGGAGCCUGAACCGCUACUACUAGGGGCAGGAGCCGGAUUCCGCACCGCGGGAAGCUGCCCGGAGGGAGAAGGGCUGCGGGGAGGGUGGCCUGGAGAGCUGAACGCAAUUCUGGUGAGGUUACUGCGGAAGCCAGAGAUAAGCAGUACACCUCGUUUUCUAGCCAGGAGGACUGAUUUCUCCUUUUUGCCUACAUUUAUGGAGAAGGAGGAAAAUCAAGUUGGUUCAUUAACCUUUCCAGGUCUUGGAAUGGUGCUGAAGAACUCUCUCCAACAAUGUGGAUGGAGAUUAGAGAAACAGGAUUGUGGUUUCUCUUGAUUUCUGAGGAUCUCAGAAGUUUCUGCAAACUUCAUAGCUAUAUGUUAUUCCUUUAUAAAAGGAAAGAUGAUCAUAGCGUGAGGGCUAGGAACAGCAGGGUGAACCUAACCCAGUAAACCCAAUUUUCUAAAUGGCUUUGUGCUAUGGAGGCGAUUCUGAUCCAGAUAGCAUGAACCAUGCUUAUUAUUUAAGGCUGAUUUUCUAUAUCAUGUGUUGCAAGGACAACCUCGUCCAUUUUAACUGGCACCUCAGGGAUUAAAAUCCUAUUUUUUAGUAUAGUGCCCACUUCAUUGAUGAAAAUGAAUAGAAUUAAUGUAUUUUGCAAGAUGUGUCAGUGAACUAGACAAUGCCAAUAACCUCAAAGGAUGAAGGGUUUUAUUUUAAAUAGUUUAUUAAAAAUAUAUAUUAACGUGGAUAUUUGAAAAUGCUGCAUAAGAAUAAAAGCUGUGUGUCCCGUUCCCCCCAACCCCCGCCCUUUUGGAGAGAAGAAAAUACUGUUAUGACUCUAGAUAAUCAUGAUUUUAAACAUUUUGUUAAAAAAGUUUGGAUUUCCAAGAAAAAAAUUGGAAUGGGACAUGAGGAAUAAAGUCAAAAUUAGGAU